AUGACAAUUACAAAACAAUCAUGCCUCUCCUCCAGAAGGUUUCUCUUCGACUAUUUGCUGCUCUUCCUGUUAUCUACUGCUGCUUUAGCUUCUAUCUUCUCUGAUGAUGCUGAAAUAAGCGGUAGGAACGACUUGUUUCGCGAAAUCCUAAGGGAUGAGGCAGUGGAAAGGCUUCAUGAGCUUGGUAAGGUAAGUGAUGCUGAUGGCUAUCUUGAGAGGACAUUCAUGAGUCCAGCUUCGGUGAGGGCAGGAAACAUUAUCCGUGGAUGGAUGGAGGAUGCUGGUUUGAGAACAUGGGUAGACAAGAUGGGCAAUGUACAUGGUCGAGUGGAGGGAAUGAAUGCAAGUGCUGAGGCUCUGUUGAUUGGAUCUCACUUGGAUACAGUUGUUGAUGCUGGGAUAUUUGAUGGCUCGUUGGGCAUAAUCACUGCAUUAUCUGCACUAAAGGUCUUGAAUAUUAAUGGGACAUUGGGAAAACUAAGGCGCCCAAUUGAGGUGAUUGCAUUUAGUGAUGAGGAGGGAGUGAGGUUUCACUCUACUUUCUUGGGUAGUGCUGCUGUAGCUGGAAUUUUACCAUCUACAGCCUUGCAGAUAUCUGAUAAGAGAGGUAUGACAGUGCAAGAAGUUCUAAAGAAAACCUCCAUAGAAAUUACAGAGGAAAACCUGUUACAACUCAAGUAUGACCCAAAAUCUGUCUGGGGUUAUAUUGAGGUCCACAUUGAGCAGGGACCUGCAUUAGAAUGGCUUGGGCUUCCUCUUGGAAUAGUUAAAGGCAUAGCUGGACAGACACGACUAAAGGUUAUUGUGAGAGGUUCACAGGGGCAUGCAGGAACCGUUCCUAUGUCUAUGCGUCAUGAUCCUAUGGCAGCUGCUGCUGAAUUAAUGGUGCUGUUGGAAAGUCUCUGUAAACAUCCAAAAAAGUUUCUUAAUUAUGAUGUUCAUUGCAAUGAUAUAUCAGUGGAAUCACUUUCCACCUCUCUUGUCUGCACUGUUGGAGAGAUAUCGGCAUGGCCAAAUGCAAGCAAUGUUAUUCCUGGACAGGUGACAUUCACAGUGGAUUUACGUGCAAUGGAUGACAUGGGACGUGAGGCAGUUAUUUAUGAACUAUCUUAUCAGAUUUAUCAAAUAUGCGAGAAGCGUUCAGUUUCUUGUAUCAUUGAGCGUAAGCAUGAUGCAAAUGCAGUGAUUUGUGAUUCUGAAUUGAGUUCUAAUCUGAAGUCUGCAGCUUAUUCAGCAUCGAAGAAAAUGAUAGGCGAGGUUCGAGAUGAAAUGCCUUCCUUGAUGAGUGGUGCAGGACAUGAUGCAAUGGCUAUGUAUCAUUUAACAAAGGUCGGAAUGCUGUUUGUCCGCUGUCGUGGAGGCAUAAGUCAUUCCCCUGCAGAGCAUGUCUUGGACGAUGAUGUUUGGGCGGCUGCUUUGGCAAUCUUAGAUUUUCUAGAGACAAAUGUAAAUUAGAACAUUUGUUAGCAUUAAGGUACAGCAAGCAGAAUCCAGUAUAAUGAUAUAAUAUUGUAAUUCAUGUUGGUAUGAAUUCUUUCAUUUGUAAUAGAUUCUUGUCUUUUUAACUCAACUUGAAGCAUUAUUCAAGGGUACAUGCAUAUUGCAGUGAU